AUGAAUCGUAAAACAAAAUUAAUAUUAGGUCGUCAAGAUGAUGAAAUAUUUAUUCCAUCAACAAAUCCAAGUACACAAGAUGAUAUAAAACAAUUAGAAGAACGUUUUCAUAUGCAAUUAUAUAAAGAAUUUGCACUUGAAAAUGGUUUAUGUCCAAAACGUCGUCAAAUAUAUGAUGAUUUAUUUGAUGAACUUAUACGUAUAACUAAAAUUCAUUGUUAUGAACGUGGUCAUUUAUUAAAACGUAUUAAAAAUGAAUAUCAACAAUGGAUGAAUACAUAUGAAGAAUUAUAUUCAAGUAGUAUGGCUUAUGCUAUAAGACAAUAUUUAUAUAAAAUAGAAGAAAAUAAAAUAUUAGAAAAUAAAAUAAAUAAUUUAGAAAAUGAUUGUCAACAAUUACGUAAUGAACUUGAAUAUGAAUCAAUUAAAUUUCAAAAAUUAACUGAACAACUUAAUCAAAAAGAAGAUAAUAAAUUACAUACAUUAGGUAGUAAUGUUAAAUUUCUUCAAGCAAAACAUAUUCAAUUUAAAAAUGAUCUUGAAAAUACAUUAAAUCAAAUUUUAUCAUCAACAAUUUUUCUUGGAGAACCAAUCGAUUAUGAUAAGAAAAAAACAACAUAA